AUGAAGUCGAUACAGUUUUGCAUCCUAUUCUGGUGCUGGCGAGCAAUCUGCUCAGGCUGUGAGCUAACCAACAUCACCAUCGCAGUAGAGAAAGAAGAGUGUCGUUUCUGCAUAAGCAUCAACACCACUUGGUGUGCCGGAUUCUGCUACACCAGGGAUCUGGUGUAUAAAGACCCAGCCAGACCCAACACUCAGAAAACAUGCACCUUCAAGGAGCUGGUGUAUGAGACCGUGAGACUGCCCGGCUGUGCGCACCACUCAGACUCCCUCUACACAUACCCAGUAGCCACUGAAUGUCACUGCGGCAAGUGUGACAGCGACAGCACCGACUGCACUGUGCGGGGCCUGGGACCCAGCUACUGCUCCUUUGGUGAAAUGAAAGAAUAAAGAAGAACGGACAUUUCAGUUUGCCCACCCUUGUCCUGAAGGACCACCAUAUCCAAAACGUCUGUGUCUGCUCUGUGCUGGGGCUGCAAACCACCGGCUUAGGAACCAUCAUUCCCACUGGUGUCACUGUCCUGACAGGGAAGAGGAGCGAGCUCAGGGCCGGGAGUACAGGGGCCAGGACUCUACCACCACU